CCUUGUCGUUGACGAGAGUGCUCUCACGCUCACUUUAACUUGCUGUUUCCCUGGUUUACCCCCUAAUGGUUCAGGAAAUUCAGUAUUUGGAAGCAAGCUUAACACCUCUUUAUUUUUAGAACAAAUGGCUUUAAGCAGAAUCUGGACUCGUGACUAUAGCGAGAAAUCGGGUUAUUUUGUGUGCUUUGCCUUUAAGAACAGACUGGAAGGAAACAGACAGUAAGCUCGUUGCUAUGGUGAGAAAGCAAGCUAAUAUUGCACACAGAGAGAAAGGGGAUAGAAGCACAACUACCAAGACACGCUGUCUGGAAAGAUUUCUAAGCGUCAAGUUUAAAUUCAUGAAACGGAGACAACCGCUAAGCAGUUUUGAAACACACCAUCCCCAUGAUCAGUAGGCAUGUCCCAGUUCCACUCCUUGCACUGUCCUUGUUGGGAUCCUUGGAAGAUAGGAUGCAAAAGGCUGGUCAGAACCAGGGCAGGCACGCUGACUCAGAAGCCCAAACUGAAAUUUUCCUGCAGAACUAACGUGCAACCAUUAAGAAGCAGGGAGCCCAGAGAUAUAUCAAAGGAGUUUGAAGAUGAGAUCGUUCCUGGCUUUACCUUGUCGCACAGUAAGGAACGUAUUGGUGUCACACUGGGGGAGGAAUUCUUUGAGAAGAAAAGCCCUGUUGAAGAAACUGUCAAGCCCGUUGUGCUCAGUACUCCUCCAAAGCUGGAAACGGAAGAUAUUAUUGCUGACUUAGUGGAACAGAUAUCUGAGCUCACAGCUAUGAUGGAGCAAUUGAGCCGAGAUCACCAAACUACCCACAAACAGAUGGAGAAAGAUAUGGAAGAAAAAUGCAAUGAAAUGCAAGAGGAACAUGAGAAUAAAAUGAGGGAGAUUAAUUCAUUUCAUGCAGCGGAGAUGAAUGCUUUGGAAGAGCAGUAUAAGAAAGAAUUGCGGAAUGAGAGGGCAACUGCACAAGAGAAGCUGGGUGGGAUGCAGAAAGAGUACAAGUAUCUUAAGAAUGCAUUUCGUGUGUACCAGGAUAGUAUUUCUGAUGAAAUGGAGGAAAAGUGGCUGAGAAGGCAAGCAGAAUGGAAAAAAAGUGAGAGGACUGAGAGAGAGAAGGCACUGCUACAACAAAAGCAAUCCUUGACAAGAAAGUUUGAAAUGGAGAUAGAAGAACAGAAGAAGAUUAUUCAGAAUAACAGUUUUUUAAUAGGUAGAGUCUAUGAACAAGAGAGAGAGGAGUUCCAAAAGCAGCAACAAGAUUCCUUGGAUAAAAUAGCUGAGUUAAACAAAAAGGUUGAGACUUUGGAGGCAGAACUGAAGGAGAAGAAUGAGACUUUGGAUGCUAUCGCCUCCUCUCUUCACAACACAGAGAUGGAACUGCAGAAUGAGAAAGCCAACACAGCAGAGAUGGAGAAAAGUAUCCAGCAACGAAUUGCAUCAAUUGAAGAGAAACAUCGAAUUAAUAUCUCUUCUUUGGUAGAAGAAAAUGUCAUUCUGAGGCGCAAGCUCAUUAGGAAGAAUGAAGAGAUAUUCAAUCAACGUGCCCACCUAACUGGCAGCUUUGAGACAUUUGACUAGGACGAUGAGUAAGAAACCAACAAGUGUUUUGACUAUGGCAGGUCAGCAUGAACCUGCUUUUCUUCCCAAGAUCCUGCAUUUAAAGCCAAAUCUGCACUCCUAGAAUAAUUGGAGAUUAUUUGCCGAUAUAAGCCAUUAUGUUGUUCACUCUAACAUUAGCUACUGCCGAGUAAUCGUGUGUCAUAUUUCUCUUUUCCUGCCUUUCUGCUCCUGAACAUGAGAACAAAAUAGGGCUGUCAUUCACUUAUGUCAAUCACCACUUUGUAUAUAUACAGUGAACAGUUCUCUGGCACUGGUGGUGGAUGUGUAUAGCCUAGGUAUAUAAAACAAGAGGACCCAGCUUAGCUGAAUUUAACAUCCAAGCCCUUUUCAUUUAAAUGUGGGAGAGAGCUAAGCGGAAGUUUUCCUGUCCCAUGACAGCAGUGGGGUUUUUAAAAAAUGCUGCUGCCUUGUGCAUGAGGUGAUGUCCAGAGUUAUAAACUAUCUACAUAAUAAUUAAAGCUGUGUUUGCGUGCUAUUACAUGCCAUGCCAAGGAAUUGUGAUUUUAUAGGUUGAGUUUUUCUGAACUAGCUUUCGGUGUUGCUUAGUUGCAAUGGGUGGGCUUGUA